AUGCUCAGGACAGCUUUGUUGGAGUGGGAGGCACCACAUUUACGCUUUCGAGUCCUGUGGGAUCAAAUCUUUUUGAAGCUAUUUUCUCGUUUCAAGACCUCCAUAGACGGAAACCCGGACCUCGACAGCCCAUACCACAAGCUCUAUAUGCCCUUUUGCAUCCAGAACCCCUUGCUCGUUCAAAUAUCCAUCUACACUGUGGCCUGCUUCCUGACCGAGACAAGGCACCUCGACAAGCAGCAGUCCAUACUCAUCAAGGGCCAGACGAUCCGCAUGCUCAAUGAUCGACUACGUUCUACCGAAGAUGCUAUCAGUGACGCAUCUAUUGCUGGAGUGUGUCAAAUGAUUGCUGACGAGUGGUAUUGGGGCGACAUGCAUGAGCUGCUCGCCCACCUCAAGGGCAUGCGACAUAUGAUCGAACUACGUGGUGGCUAUCAGAAUCUUGGUCUCGAAGGUCUCUUGAGCAAGAUGAUCAUUGUCACCGACUUUGGCAUUGCGAUUACUUUCGAGCUACCGCCGUAUCUGCAAGAAGGGAAAGAGUUCCAGUUCGAGGACAGGACGCCGGGGGAGCACAGGGUUUCACACCACUCGCCCCUGGUCGCAUCGGCAUUGAGUUUUGCAAACUCUGUCCACCUCAGUGGAUUGCAUCCGACAACCGCGUCGAUCCUCGACGACAUCCGAUUCCUGAUUGCCUUGGCCAUCUCCACGCCGGCGGUCCCGAGCACCCAGCAAGCGCAGAAACUCAAGUGGACGGCGGACUGGAUACAUGGUCGUAUACAGGCCCUCCCAAACGACGCGCCUCCAUCCGAGCCAUCGGCAACGUCCUCGACAAGCAGUACGCCACAGGCAAAGGAAAAACAAAACCAGUCGACCGCGAGCUCAGCACGCACGAGCCAUGAGCCCCAGAGGUCAGACAGCGUGGCGAGCCCCGAUUACCUAUACCAGUCGAUCCGCCAGGCGGCCUUGCUCUAUACCACGACGAUCGCAGCCACCAAGCCUUUCAGCCAGACGUGCUCGCCCGACGACUUUUGUCAGCUGUGGGUGGCGGUCUGGCGCGUGCCGCUCGGCGUCUGGAAGUCCCUGCUCGGCAUCUUCCUCUGGAUCGAGGUGGCCGUCCUCGCGGCGGCGCGGGACACGCCGCACGGCCGCUUCGUCAAGAGCAUGUACAAUAUUGCCGCGCUGUCCCUGGCGACCGAGGACUGGGACGCGGCCAUUGCGGCCUUGAGGAGCGCGCUGAAUUUGCAGUCCCGGCUUACUACGUGGGAUACUAACAAGCUGACCCCUUAG